GCUAUUUGCACUACAUUAAGCGAGCGACUUCCAAUUGCUUCGGGCUUUUAUAAUAUCGUGUAUCGUCACGGUGAAAUCUCCGCCCUUCAAGUCUUCACAGCUAAAAGAUGCCGGCCGGAGAACUCCGGUAUCCUUCUUCGAUCUCUUGUCCACAGAUUUCUCAAGCAACUGAAACCCCCAUGGAGGAAGACGAGGCGUGGGUGUGGGCGCAGAUUAAAGCCGAGGCACGCCGCGACGCCGAGUUGGAGCCGGCUCUAGCUAGCUACCUCUACUCCACGAUCCUAUCUCACUCCUCUCUCGAGCGCUCCCUCGCCUUCCACCUCGGCAACAAGCUCUGCUCCUCCACGCUCCUCUCUACGCUUCUCUACGACCUUUUCCUCAACACUUUCUCUUCCGAUCCUUCGCUUCGAGCCGCCGCCGUCGCCGAUCUCCGUGCGGCUCGCGUUAGGGAUCCCGCUUGCGUUUCCUUCUCUCAUUGCCUACUUAAUUAUAAAGGAUUCUUGGCAUGCCAGGCUCAUCGAGUUGCACACAAGUUGUGGACUCAGUCACGUAGGCCGCUAGCAUUGGCAUUACAUUCUCGAAUCUCCGAUGUUUUCGCCGUUGAUAUACAUCCGGCAGCAAAGAUCGGGAAAGGGAUCUUGUUAGAUCAUGCCACCGGUGUGGUGAUCGGAGAAACCGCGGUUGUUGGCAACAACGUGUCAAUUUUGCAUCACGUUACCCUCGGUGGGACUGGGAAGGCAUGUGGAGAUCGGCAUCCGAAGAUUGGUGAUGGAGUUUUAAUCGGAGCCGGUGCAACCAUAUUAGGGAAUGUGAAGAUUGGGGAAGGAGCAAAGAUCGGGGCAGGGUCAGUAGUGCUGAUCGAUGUGCCACCUCGGACCACGGCUGUAGGCAACCCUGCAAGGCUUGUCGGAGGGAAGGAGAAACCGUCAAGGCAUGAGGAAUGCCCCGGAGAGUCCAUGGAUCACACUUCAUUCAUCUCUGAAUGGUCAGAUUAUAUCAUUUGAUUCAGUUUUCUUUGCUAUUAGAAUUCUAUAGUCUAAACCUGUUCUGUUUUUGCAUGCUAUAUGGUGUUGAAGCCUGUUAAAAAUUGUAGUCUCUUUCUAUCUUUUACUUAGCCCUAUGCGUAUAUUCAACUGUUUUUCUCGUAUCUCUAUACUCGUGCUCGAAAAUUAUAUCGAAUAAAGGUGUUAGACAUAGGUGAUUGCUGUUGCCUGGAUGCUGA